GGACACGCUCGUCAUUCUUACUUUUAUCUUCUUAAUUCAUUCAUUCUGACCGACGCCCGAGGAUAUUCGUUCUGCGUUGGUGCGGUAGUAGUAACAUCUACUCACUACUCACUCCCUGCUCUAACCUCACCACAUCCACUACGAUGACCCACGCCCGCUAUCCCCCAUACACCUCCCACUCCUCAUCCUCCGCCCCACCCUCUUCCUCAACCUACACCCGCCGCGCCCUCACACGCACACCCUCCCCGCCCGCCUCAGCCUACUUCGCUCGCGAACUCGGUGAUCUCGAUUCUUCCGCUUCUGGUGCUGCAGGAGGACUCGGGGGAGGACUCGGGGGAGGACUAGGGGGAGGGGAGAGGGAGAGGGAACCACAACCGCUCAAUACAGACGCGAGGGAGCAUUUCGCGUAUAGUACGACUCUGAGACGACAUCAUCCUGACUCCCACAUUGGCAUGGGCAUCACACCGGGUAUGGGGCUAGCAUCAUUCGAUGGAUUGAGAGAUGCGGCGAACGAAGAGGGUUUAAGAGGUGUUUGGGGAAGAGUCGUGAGAGGGGUGAGGGGUUUGGUGCCGGGUGGGGAGGAGGAGAGGGGGGCGUAUAGUGUGUUGCCGAGGGAGGAGCGGGAGAGGGAGGAGCGGAGGGAGGAUAGGGAGGGGCAGAGAGAGGGUCAGGCAAGGAGGAAGGAGACGCCGUCGGCGGUGUUUGCGGGGAGGUCUGUCGAGGAAACCCUCUCCCACUUCCACACCCACCCCACCUCCGGCCUCCCCGCCUCCCUCAUCCCCACCCUCCUCUCCACACACGGCUACAACGAAUUCAGCGUCUCAUCCCCCGAACCUCUCCUGCUCAAAUUCGCGAAAACGAUAUAUGAGAGUCCGUUGAUCUUGUUGUUGUGUGGGAGCGCGAUUAUUAGUGCGGGGAUGGGGAAUGUGGAUGAUGCGGUUAGUAUUGGGGUGGCGAUUUUGAUUGUGCUGUGUGUUGGUUUCAUACAGGAACGCAGGUCGGAGAAGAGUCUCGAGGCGUUGAAUAAGCUCGUUCCGCACCAUUGUCAUAUCAUCCGCGACUCAACCUCGCACCACCUCCUCGCCAACGAAGUCGUCCCAGGCGACAUCGUAACAUUCUCAACCGGCGACCGGAUCCCGGCCGAUGUUAGGCUUGUCACUGCGGUGGAUUUAGAGAUAGAUGAGAGUAGUUUGACGGGGGAGACGGAGGCGAGGAGGAAGGGGGUUGGGAGGGUUGGGGGUGGUGGGGCGGGUGCUUUAGGUGGUCAUAGGGCUGAGAAUGGGUAUGGGAUGGGGAAUGGGAAUGUGGGAGGAGAUGGGAGUGUGAGUGGGGGGCCGUAUGCGAAUGGGAAUGGGAAUGCGAGCGGAGGGCAUGGACAUGAGGGCGUGGCGUUGGCGGAUAGGGAGUGUAUAGCGUAUAUGGGGACGUUGGUUAGGAAUGGGAGAGGUUCGGGCGUGGUCAUCGCCACAGGGGCUCAGACCGAGUUUGGCGUGAUCUUUACUAUGAUGCAGGAUGUCGAAGAGCGCCGCACGCCCCUCCAACUCAACAUGGACGAACUCGCAAAGAAACUGUCGAUCAUCUCUUUCGGCGUCAUCGGCGUCAUCUGUCUCAUUGGCGUGUUGCAGCAUCGGUCGUGGUUGGAUAUGUUCACUAUCGGAGUCUCUCUCGCCGUGGCCGCAAUCCCAGAAGGCCUCCCGAUCGUGACGACGGUGACGCUCGCGCUGGGCGUACUGAGAAUGAGCAAGCGGAGCGCGAUCGUGAAGAAACUGCAUUCGGUCGAGGCGCUCGGUUCGGUUUCGGUUAUUUGUUCGGAUAAGACUGGCACCCUGACGAAAAACGAACAAACAGUAACCGAACUCUACUCCGUCGACGAAGUCAUCCACAUCGACCCCUCCUCCUCCACGCCCAUCUCCCUCUCCCCCCGCACCCACACCCACACUCACAACAGCCGAAACAGUACCAAUAACCCAUCAACGAUCGCCCCCGCCCUGCGCAAAACACUCGAGAUCGGCGCAUUGUGCAAUAAUGCGUCCAUCGCGCGCAACGAAGAAGGCGUGUUCGUGGGCCAGAGCACGGACGUCGCGCUGUUGAACGUGUUGGGUGUGUUUGGGAUGCUCGAACCGAGAUUGGGGUUCACGAGAAAGGAGGAGAGACCGUUCAGUUCGGAGAGGAAGUACAUGGCCGUGAGCGGGACACAUACUUCACCGCCCCCGCCAGGCUCCGGGGUCCCGAAUCCCAGUGUCGCGGCCCUGAGUGGUGGCGGCGGGAAGGAAGGGAGAGAGAUGUGCUAUAUCAAAGGAUCGAUAGAGGCCAUCCUCCCAAGAUGCAAGUUCUAUCACGUCUCCGACGAAUCGACGCCCGCGCUCGAUACGAACACGCGAAACGUCAUACUCGGCAAAGCGCAGUCGACAGCAAGUCGGGGCUUGAGGGUCAUCGCGAUGGCUUAUGGAUCCGGCUCACUCAGCUCCACGUCCACAUUCACUCCCAACGGCGACUCUCGAUCCUCUUCCCCUGCACCGGGUGGUACUGCCGGUGGAGCGUCGACGGGACUGGAAAAGUCGAACCUCGUGUUUGUGGGGUUCACGGCGAUGCUCGAUCCGCCGAGGAAGGGUGUCGCGGAUGCUAUUUCGCUGUUGCAGUCGGGUGGAGUUCAGGUGGUCAUGAUCACCGGUGACGCGGAAGAGACGGCGAUGUCGAUCGCGAGGGAUUUAGGGCUUAGAGUGCCGGGUGCGAGCGCCGGGCAUCAUCAUAGUUCCAGUGCGAGUGGGCGUGUGAGAGGCAAUGGGAGUCUAAGCGGGAAUGGGAGUCUGAGUGGGAAUGGGAGCCUGAGCGGAAGUGGGACUGUGAACGUGAACGCGGGGUUCUGUUUGACGGGGAGGGAGAUUGAUGGGAUGAGUAAGGCGCAGUUGAGGGAGAGGGUCGCGGGCGUGAGCGUUUUUGCGAGGACGAGUCCGGGGCAUAAGAUGAGGAUCGUGGAGGCGUUUCAGAGUCGGGGCGCGGUCGUGGCUAUGACGGGCGAUGGAGUGAACGACGCGCCGGCGCUGAAGAUGGCGGAUAUUGGAGUGUCGAUGGGCAAGAGCGGGACGGACGUGGCGAAAGAGGCGGCGGAUAUGAUUCUUGUGGACGAUAAUUUCAGUACUAUUUUACCUGCCGUGGAAGAAGGCAAAUCCAUCUUCCAUAAUAUUCAAAACUUCCUGUCCUUCCAGCUCAGCACGGCUUGCGCUGCUUUGUCCCUCAUUACCCUCAGUACUAUGUUCGGAAUGAGCAAUCCGCUUAAUGCCAUGCAGAUUCUGUUCAUCAACAUUCUCAUGGAUGGCCCUCCCAGUCAGUCAUUAGGCGUAGACCCAGUAGACCAUGCCGUCAUGCGCAAACCACCAAGAAAGAAGAACGAGCCCAUCAUCAGCCAACGGAUCCUCUACCGCGUCCUCUUCUCGGCGACUAUCAUCGUCGUCGGCACGUUAUUCGUCUACAUGUACGCCCUAUCCGACGACCAUAUGUCGAGACGAGACCAAACAAUGACCUUCACCUCCUUCGUCUUCCUCGACCUCGUCUCCGCCCUCCAGUCCCGCGGUCUCGGCUGCGGCCUGACCCAAAACCGAAUGCUGCUCACCACCGUCUCCAUCUCCUUCCUCUCCCAGCUCGCGCUCGUCUACGUGCCCUUCAUGCAGGCGAUAUUCCAGACGGAGGCGUUGGGCAUGAACGAUCUCGUGUUGUUGUUGGCGCUGGCGACGAGCUCGGCGGCGUUGCAUGAGGCGAGGAGGAGGUACGAGAGGACGAGUUUGGCGGGGGAGACGUAUGCGAGUGGGGUGGAGGAGAUGGCUUGAGGGCUGGAAUGGGACGUGUCGGGGGUUAGGGCAGUGGUGGUUGGGCUUGGAUAGUGCGGUGGUAUUCAUAUCGUAAUUAUUGUGCAUUUUUCGAUGCGGAAGAAGUCUAGACUGUGGAAUUUUUGGAAGGAUAAAGCAAUUUCCCUUGUCGUU